CACUAGAAUGUGAACUAAAGGUUAUUGAACUGGACAGAACAAGGAACCUAAAGCAUUCACGAUUCAGACUCUGUACUAUGUUCAUCAAUUCUAUUGGUGUUUUGAUUUGUAAAGGAAAUGAAGAAUUAAUUUGGAAGUAAUUUUAAAAGUUCUGAAAUGCAAACACACACUUGGCAUGAAACAAGUUCAAACCUUUUGAGUUUUGGCUGUGGGACAACAACAUAGCAGCCAGCCAGCAGCAGGGAGGGUUGCGUAUGGUUUGAGUCCAAAUCAACUCAUGGCAAAUUUCAAAGGACAUGCUCUGCCGGGCAGCUUCUUCCUGCUCUUUGGACUCUGGUGGUCUGUAAAGUAUCCACUCAAAUUCUUACUGAAGAAGAAAAAAUCAUCCCGACUGUGCUUUGAGCGGGUGGAAUUCGCCGAGGGGAUAGCCAAAGCUGUUUUCUCACUGGUCGGAAUUCUGGCCGAGCAGUUUGUGCCUGAUGGGCCUCACCUACACCUACUGAGUGCAGACAGAGACUCCUGGGUCAAACUGAUGAACUGGCAGCACAGCACCAUGUACCUGUUCUUUGGCAUUUCUGGGAUUGUGGACAUCCUGACGUUCUCCUCACUCCGACUGCCCAUUGGCCUUGACCGUCUUGUCCUUUCACUGGCUGUAUUUAAUGAAGGGUUUUUAUUUUAUUUCCAUGUCCAAAAUCGAAACCCUCUCGAUCAGCAUAUCCACUCCUUGCUACUCACCGCAGUAUUCGGAGGCUCCAUAAUCAUAAUGUUAGAGGUUUUCCUGAGAGAUAACGUCAUCUUGGAGUUAUUCCGAACCAGCCUGGCAAUCUUGCAGGGCACCUGGUUCUGGCAGAUUGGCUUUGUGCUGUACCCUCCCAGUGGUGGGCCCAAGUGGAACGAAACUGACCAUGGAAAUAUCAUGUUCAUUACGCUGUGUUUCUGUUGGCAUUUUGCAGUGGCACUUACUAUCAUGGCUGUCAGUUACAUACUGAUGUACUGGUUUGUACAGACAAAAUCCAGGAAGUCUGGUGCAAUGGAGCUGGGGCAGCUAAAGAGCUCAGAGAAGAACUCUCACAUCAAUCUGCUGAACAGCUCUGAUGAGGAAUGAGGACUCUGAUCGAGAAGUUGUUCAAUUUUAUCCAAUUAUUUUGAACUGUGAACUUUUUUUCAAAAAACACCACUUCCUUCUGCUGAUUGCUGAUUGUGAGGGGGAGGGUGGAAGGGGGAAUAGGGACUAAAAAUGAGCAGAAGGGGGCAUGCAACAGCAAUGGACUGACACUGUACUCCUGGCUGGCAGGGUAGGAGUUCAGACAGGGCUUGUCCUAGAAAUGUCAGCCUCACCGUCACCAACAGAUUGGAUUUCUUAGGGGUGGUUAAGGCUCACAGCAAUCAGUCAGGAGCAGGGUUUGAGUUAGAAUUCCUUCCUUAAUGAUGGAAAUUUUGUGAAUCAAUAUUUUCACAUUGAGGGAAUGUUAGAAUUUACAGAAGAAAACAACUCAGACAGCCAACACCCCAGACUAUAUCUCCUGGGGUAAAUGGGAAGAUUUUACAGGUGACUGAAUCACUGAGCUUAAAAUGCAAAGUCAGGCUGUGUGCAGGUCUUACCCCACCCCGCCCAGUGCAUUUGCCUUGCCUCCUCAUAUCCUUUUUCUCAAUAAGCAAAGCAGCAUUUUCAAUAAAAAUUUGCAUGAACUAUCUGCGAGGGUGAGCCGUAUCUUCAUUUCCCUGGGAUAAGUUCAGGGAUAAGCACAGGACCCUCGACUGAUAAAAUUCUGGUCACUCUCUCGUUUCAAUUAACACACUCUAGUCUUUAAUUUAUUUCAAUAGUUUAUUACUUGUCCAAUUUAUGGACUAUUAUGUAAAUUAUGACCUUUUGAAGUAAGUCUAAGAUUUCUUCAAAAUUUUCUUCCAAGAUGUGGCUGCAAAUUGCUGGUGUGCUCAUUGUUUCCAAAACAAGGCAACGUUAACUUUCAAUAAAUGAGUGCAUUGUCA